CGGCGGUCACGUGGGGCGCGACGUUUCGCGCCAAUUUCGGUUGGUCGGCAAUAGCCCGCCGCGCGGACGCUUUCUGCUGUCCGGGGAGUGAGAGCCUUGAACCUGCCAACUGCUGCCGCACGGGCGAUGGCAGUUAAGGACUACGUGCUCGAGAAAGAAAAGGUUAAGAAAUUCCUGCAAGAGUUUUACCAGGAUGAUGAAUUUGGCAAGAAGCAAUUCAAGUAUGGGAACCAGUUGGUUCGACUGGCUCAUCGGGAGCAAGUGGCAAUGUACGUAGACCUAGACGACGUAGCUGAGGAUGACCCCGAGUUGGUGGACUCGAUUUGUGAGAACGCCAGACGCUACGCAAGACUCUUCGCCGAUGCCGUACAAGAGCUGCUGCCUCAGUACAAGGAGAGGGAGGUGGUAAACAAAGACGUUCUGGAUGUUUACAUCGAGCACCGGCUGAUGAUGGAGCAGCGGACCCGAGACCCCAGGGCAGCCCGAAGCCCGCAGAACCAGUACCCUCCUGAGCUCAUGCGCAGAUUUGAGCUGUAUUUUCAAGGCCCAAGCAGUAACAAGCCUCGCGUGAUCCGGGAAGUACGGGCUGACUCUGUGGGGAAAUUGGUCACUGUGCGUGGAAUCGUCACUCGUGUCUCGGAAGUCAAACCCAGAAUGGUGGUGGCCACUUACACGUGUGACCAGUGUGGGGCAGAGACCUACCAGCCGAUCCAGUCCCCUACUUUCAUGCCUCUGAUCAUGUGCCCGAGCCAAGAGUGCCAGACCAACCGCUCAGGAGGGCGGCUGUAUCUGCAGACGCGUGGCUCCAAAUUCAUCAAGUUCCAGGAGAUGAAGAUGCAGGAACAUAGCGACCAAGUGCCUGUGGGAAACAUCCCUCGUAGCAUCACUGUGCUGGUAGAAGGCGAGAACACACGGAUCGCCCAGCCCGGGGACCACGUCAGUGUCACUGGCAUCUUCUUGCCGAUCCUGCGCACUGGGUUCCGGCAGGUGGUACAGGGUCUCCUCUCUGAGACCUACCUGGAAGCCCAUCGGGUCGUGAAGAUGAACAAGAAUGAGGACGAGGAGUCUGCGGCUGGAGAGCUAAGCAGGGAAGAGCUGAGGCAGAUUGCAGAGGAGGAUUUCUAUGAGAAGCUGGCGGCCUCCAUUGCCCCAGAGAUCUACGGGCACGAAGACGUGAAAAAGGCCCUGCUGCUGCUGCUGGUGGGAGGGGUGGACCAGUCUCCUCGGGGCAUGAAGAUUAGAGGCAACAUCAACAUCUGCCUGAUGGGGGAUCCCGGUGUGGCCAAGUCUCAGCUCCUGUCUUACAUCGAUCGCCUGGCACCCCGCAGCCAGUACACCACGGGCCGGGGCUCCUCGGGAGUGGGGCUCACGGCGGCUGUGCUGAGGGACUCCGUGAGCGGAGAGCUGACCUUGGAGGGCGGGGCCCUCGUGCUGGCGGACCAGGGCGUGUGCUGCAUCGACGAGUUCGACAAGAUGGCCGAGGCGGACCGCACGGCCAUCCACGAGGUCAUGGAGCAGCAGACCAUCUCCAUUGCCAAGGCCGGCAUUCUCACCACGCUCAACGCCCGCUGUUCCAUCCUGGCUGCCGCCAACCCUGCCUACGGGCGCUACAACCCUCGCCGCAGCCUGGAGCAGAACAUACAGCUUCCUGCCGCGCUGCUCUCCCGGUUUGAUCUCCUCUGGCUGAUCCAGGACCGGCCUGACCGGGACAAUGAUCUACGGUUGGCCCAGCACAUCACCUACGUGCACCAGCACAGCCGCCAGCCCCCAGCGCAGUUUGAGCCUUUGGACAUGAAGCUGAUGAGACGGUACAUCGCCAUGUGCCGGGAGAAGCAGCCCGCGGUGCCAGAGUCGCUGGCCGACUAUAUCACGGCCGCGUACGUGGAGAUGCGGCGGGAGGCCUGGGCCAGCAAGGACGCCACCUACACUUCGGCGCGGACCCUGCUGGCCAUCCUGCGGCUGUCCACGGCUCUGGCGCGGCUGCGGCUGGUGGACACGGUGGAGAAGGAGGAUGUGAACGAAGCCAUAAGGCUCAUGGAGAUGUCCAAGGACUCCCUGCUGGGCGACAAGGGGCAGCCGGCCAGGACCCAGAGGCCGGCAGAUGUGAUAUUUGCCACCGUGCGGGAGCUGGUCUCCGAGGGCCGGAGCGUGCGGUUCGCAGAGGCAGAGCAGCGCUGUGUGUCCCGUGGCUUCACUCCUGCCCAGUUCCAGGCGGCUCUAGAUGAGUACGAGGAGUUAAACGUCUGGCAGGUUAAUACCGCCCGGACACGGAUCACUUUUGUCUGAUUCCAUCCGGCUUGAGAGAUGCUGGGGUCUACUCCGAGUUCCUUCCGUGUGCUGACCUCCCCCUUCCUUGGAAGAGCUCAUGAUGCCUCUGAGGAGAAAGGAGGACCCCCCUCCUUUUCUCCUGAGCUGCACUUGUUUUAUUCUUUUUGCCAAUAAAGUGUUUGUUUGCA